UUCCCAGGCUGAGUGUGCUGCACGUGGACGUCGGGCGUGCUGUGUGGCUCUCUCACUCGGGCACGCGCACACGCACACGCACGCAGGAGGUGUCGCCGGCCCUCCCGCACCCACAGGAGCGCUCGAGGCGGCGGGGCAGUGCCGGGGAGCCGCGUGUGGGGUGCCCUGUGUUCCUCCCGCCGCUGGUGUCGCUGCAGGAGGAGGAGGAGGAGGGGGAGGGGACAGGCCGCUGCUGCUGAGAGCGGCGCCCCCGGCUGGCUGUGCGUGUCAGUGUUGUUAUGAGGUCAGCCAAGUCUCAAAUCAACAGAAGGAGCAGCGCAGUUUAGUGAAGAUGGCACUCAUAAUGUGGCCGCGCAAUAUGGAAACACCCCAGCUGACAGGUGAUCCACUGAGGAAGAUUGACCGUGAGAGAAUAGAGUCCCCUUCUUCGAGAGACGGAGGGGCGCUGAACGGGUGUGAGCGGGAGGAGGGGGGCCAGCGACUGCGGUAGUGAUGGGGCGAGUCAUGAGAUGCCCCUAGAUGACUCCAUGGAUGGCGCGCCGCCCCCCGCCUCCUCCUCCUCUUCGGACAUCCCCACGCCCACCCGCCCCCGCUCCCCCACCCCCGUCGGCCUGGCCUCCGCCCCCCACCCACAUCAUAAUCCUCAACUCCAGCUCCCCUCACAGGCCAGACACUUCCAUCCUGUUAUCAAUCUGGCCCGGGACUUAACAAACCGAACCAGUAAUGGCGGACGCUCCCCCACCCCCUCCCCGCCCCCCAUCAUGGCCUCUCACACCACCCUACCCUCCCCCUCCCCCACGCCCACCACCCACACGCCCAUCACCUCCGACCCCUCGCCGCCCACCUCCGCGCCCACCGCCCCCGCCCACUCCGUGCAGGCCGCCCUCGCCGCUAUUCAGGCGGGCUCGUUGUCACUGAACCAGCUGAUGGCUCUGGGGGCGCAGGGUCCGGGUCUUCUCAUGCAGAACCAACUCGCCGCCGCCGCCGCCGCCGCCAACCAGCUACCUGUGUCGUCGCCGCUGCCCAGUCUGGGUUCCCUCAACCCCCAGGAGCUGCAGGCGCUGCAGCAGACGCUGUCCCAGCAGCAGCAGCAGAUCCAGCAGCAGCUCCAACAGUUCAUGUUGUUCUCACAGCCGAGCGCCGCAUCGCAGCUGCCGCCCCAGACACAGCUCUUCCUGCAGAGCCAGCAACUCCAGUACCUGCAGAACCUGUUGCAGCAGGGGCUGCUUGCCUCCCCCGGGCUGGCCGGCAUCCAGGGACUGCAGCCCCCCGUGUCCCAGGCCCCCUCCCAGCCGCCCCACGCCCGCAGCGUUCACCACGCCGUGGCGCAGGCCGCACAACAGCUGCAGCAGCUGCAGAAGGCCCACCAUCAGCAGCAGCAGCAGCAACAGCAGCAGCAGCAACAACAACAACAGCAACAACAGCAGCACCACCAUCACCACCCACAGCAGCAGCAGCAGCAACAACAACAGCAGGGCGGGCGGGACCUGCGGGACCCCUUGAGGGACCUGAGAGACAUCCGGGACCUGCGGGAGGCUCAGAUGCGGGACCUGCGGGACGCGCGCGAGCCCCCGCUGCGGCCGCCGCCCCUGGAGCCCUCCCACCUGGGGGGCUCUCCCCUGGCCCCCCACCUGCCGCCCCACUCUCACCUCAACCGCCCCCCGGUGCCGCACUCCCCGCCGCCGCCGCCGCGCCACUGGGAGCCGCUGCCGGAGGAGCCCACGGACCUGGAGGAGCUGGAGCAGUUCGCCAAGACGUUCAAGCAGCGCCGCAUCAAGCUGGGCUACACGCAGGGCGACGUGGGCCUGGCCAUGGGCAAGCUGUACGGCAACGACUUCUCGCAGACCACCAUCAGCCGCUUCGAGGCGCUCAACCUCUCCUUCAAGAACAUGUGCAAGCUCAAGCCGCUGCUGCAGAAGUGGCUGACGGACGCCGACAAGACCAUCACGGACCCCACCACCGUCAGCAACACCAUCUCCUCCCCGGACGCGGUGGGGCGGCGGCGCAAGAAGCGGACCUCCAUCGAGACCAGCGUGCGCGUGGCCCUGGAGCGCUCCUUCAUCCAGAACCCCAAGCCCACCUCCGAGGAGAUCUCCAUGCUGGCCGACAGCCUGUCCAUGGAGAAGGAGGUGGUCCGCGUCUGGUUCUGUAACAGACGCCAGAAGGAAAAGCGAAUAAACCCCACCAGCGGCAUGGUGAGCCCUCCCCUGAGCCUCAGCAGCAGCACCAUGUUCCCUGGGCCUCCCAUCAGCUCAGCACUCAGCCUCACCAAUAUAGGAGGGCCACCGCUGUCCCCCGUUGGCACCCUACCCUCGCCGCUGUCCUUGGUCACCCACAGCUACGCCCCGCCCUCCCCCACAGACGCCCCCUGCACUAAAUCCGAGUAGGGGGAAGGACUGUGGGUGUUUAUCAUCUUCCUCCUCCUCCUCCUCCUCCUCUUCCUCCUCCUCCUGGCCCUCAUCAUCUUCCACGUUUGUGCAAUGCCCUCAAGUCCCCCAGC